GCCGCUUCGAUUAUCGACCCGUUGCAUAAGUGACUUGGUGAAUCGAAUCCCGCAGAAGUUCCUUACACCUAUAUAUAUGUCCAGUGCCCAAUCGCACAGUGAGCCAACGGUCGUCUACUAUCCCAGCACUAUACUACAAUGUACCAAUUCACCGAAAAAGUUGCAGAACAAUGCGGCAUUCCUUUCUGCACCAUAUUAAAACACCUUGGAAACGCUCUCAGUGCCCUAUUUGAAAAGCUCAAGAAACAGUUUCCGCCGCCCAGUGAAGCUCCCGGUCAUGAAAAGCGCAUGGACAAGAUGACCACGAUUCUUGAUAGUGUCGAGGAGUGUUUUUUGCAGGUCUUCAGCAAGCUCGGAGUGAGCAAGGAAUUCCUUCAAAGUCUGACAGGUCCUCUCAAAACGGGUGUCAGAUAUGUUGCCGUGACCAUCGGAGAUAUUACCAAGCAGCAUCCAUACCUCGUGGCCGCCCUUGUGUGCAUUGUGAUUGGCGUGCUAUUAUCCCAAUGUCUUCCUGCGAUUCUCGGGUUUGGGCCCUUGGGACCAGUGAAGGGUGGAAUUGCUGCGUGGUUGCAAGGGUGGGUAUUUGGCGGGGCUGUCCCGGCAGGUAGCUGGUUCGCGAUACUUCAGCACAUCGCCAUGGUGUGAGGAGCGUGGUUGUAGAGCUGGAGCGAGGUUCCGUGAGUGUAUGAUCCAUGACUGAAACUGUUGAGACCUGUUACGUUUGUACAAAUAUGACUUACAUGUAUAUGAUUUCUGAUAUGGCAUAUGCUUGAAAUUC